UCUCGUUUAUGACCCAUCACAACCCCCUUUAGACGCAAAGCCCAUGAUAAAAGCGGUCAUGAAGGCCGUAUAAAUGGAUGUGGUCCCGAUUCCUCUCAUCGGCGAAAGCAAAUACAGUCUUACUAUUAAGAUGACCACUCCUCCAGUUUUUGAGCCAUAUGUGCUCUCUCCGCUUGAUCAUUUAACUCUCCCUGUAUAUCUUUAUCCACUCUUUGUUUUCCACGUCGACAGCCCAAACUUGGCAAUUCCGGUUCUCGAGCUCGCCGUUUCACGUCUUGUGAAUCUUCUGCCGUUUCUCGCUGGAAACAUAACUACUUCGACCCAAUUGAAAGGAAAAGAAAAUGUGUUGGAGGUGCAGCCCCCGACCCAGAGAUUCCUGACGGAUUUUCCAAUGCUGAAAAUCAAACAUCAUCGCCAAUGCAUUUCUCCUACUACCUCAGGCUCAAAUGCCAAAGCGGGUCAAUUUCUGAAUGAAAAUCUUUUUCCAAUUCCUUCUGAGAUGGCCGCGGAGGCCCUCAGUCCUAUCUUCAGGAUUCAAGCCAAUGUUAUGGGUGAUGGGUUGAUUCUUUGUCUGGCCUUUCAUCAUAUGGCAAUUGAUGGGGUCGGCUUAGUGAAUGUGGCCACGGCCCUUGCGACUUGCUGCCGGGAUUCUCGGGCUGAGAUCGAAACUCUGCCCACCGACCCACAACGGGAAGAACACAGUCGCCAAUUGAUUUUUGAAAGUGGAUCUGUUGCUAAUAGCACCGACAACUUGGAAGCUGAAUACGGUGACAGCUCUUGGGAUUUUACUUCCAACCCUGAAUACGAGGAGCCGAUCAGCAAGAUCUUCACUCUAGAUGCCGGCAAAAUUGAACGGAUCAAAACUGAGUGCCAGCUCAUGGUUGAAAAAGACACCAAUAUGCCGAAUCUACGCUUGACGAGCAACACUAUUGUAACUGCCAUACUGUGGAUGUGUUGGAUUCGUGCCAAGCAUCAUAGUUCGGAUUCAACAGAAAAGCCGAACGACGCCGAAUCGACUAUCCUCACAACGGCAGACGUUCGUGGUAGGAUUGAGCCACGCCUACCUACUAGUUACAUAGGUAACGCUCUCUUGGCGGCAAAAACAUCAGCCCGCAUUCAGGAUAUCCGGUCUACAAAAGCUGUUGAUCACACAUCACACCGCUCAGGACACAUCGAUCAUUGCGAGAUUGAGCAAAUCUCGAGACUCGCAGUAUCUCUUCAAAAGUCCGCCGAAUCGAUUGACAGUCAAUAUGUCAGCAGCGUUAUAUCCCACAUCAUUUCUAAUGACAAUUGGGCAGCAACUCCACUCCCAACCGAAUUCGUGGUCAGCAGUAUUCGGGCUUUUAAGCUCUAUGAUCUCGAUUUUGGGCCGACCCUAGGGUCAAUGCGAGAUUUUGGCUUGGAUUACAACCGCAUUCCAGGUCUUUGCUGGAUCAAACCGGCCCGAUACAAUACGAAGUUGGCACCUUGGGAGUUAAUCAUCAUGUUGGAGCCAAAAUUCAUGAGCAAUUUUGAAUUCGACGGGCUGAUCAACUGGCUCAUAGUGAAAGAUGGCCCAAGAUUGUGAUUCGUCUGUUUCUGCAAUAGAGGCUUUUUCAGGGCCCCGCUUAAUGGCACCAUUCAAGCCACUAGCGAAUAUUCUGAGUGGUGAGAGUCUGCAAUAGUUUCCACUGCGGGUCGAUAGUUCAUUCCCUAUACGAAGCUUUGGGAGAGGGCCAUUAGGUACGAUGUGGGAUGCGGUGAGAGCUAGCUUGAGUAUGUACGCAAUAUUAGGUUUACAGCAUGAAAACCAGGUUUUCCUUUGGCAAUGGAGGAGAUAGCUCCAACUUCCAAGUGAAUUCUUCAAUAAAUCAAAAAACAUGUUCAGUCUUCAUUGAU